AUGACAACAAUCAAUCAUAAAGUGGUUUUAGUUGGAGAUUCUUCUGUCGGAAAGACAUCAAUUAUCAAUCAAUUCAUUUACGAAUCAAUUUCUGAUGAACAUCAAGCAACAGUUGGUAUAGAUUUCUUUUCAAAGCAAAUCGAAGUUGACGGAAAAGUUGUGAAGAUGCAAAUAUGGGAUACGGCUGGACAAGAAAAAUUUUCUUCUCUUAUCCCUUCCUACAUUAGAGAUUCGACAGUGGCAGUUUUUGUUUAUGAUAUUACUUCGGAAGAAAGCUUUGAUCACUUAGAGCGCUGGACGAAGCUUGUGAGCGAUAUUGCCAAUCCAUCCUUAGUUUUCGUUGGAAACAAGACUGAUUUAUCUGAUGCUCGCCAAGUUCCGAUUGAAAGACUUCAGAACUAUUCUGAGGAAAAGAAAGGCAAAUUUAUUGAAGUUAGUGCUAAAGCUCCUACCAAUAUUAAAGAACUUUUCCAGAUGAUUGCCGAAAUACCUCCCGUUGACCUUCCUGAACCAGCAAAGGAAACAACUAACGUCAAAGCACCAGCAAAUCUUAAUGCCAACUCAAACAACAAUGCCAAAAGUGGUGGCUGCUGUUAA